CUGGACAAUGUUCUAGUUAGAAAUAAUAUGGCGUCCGUAAACAUAAGGUAUAUAUGCAUAGUGUAAAUUGUGUCAUUUUGUUGUAACGUGGGUGAAAGUGAUUAUCAAAAAGUAAAUAGAAGAUGACUUUUUGCUGUGUUCCUCAUUGUCGAAAUAAAAGCGAAGAUGGUUAUUCAAUGAGGCAUUUCCCAAAAAAUGCGACACGGCGAGCAUUAUGGGCCAAAACAAUUAAUCGAAAAAAUUGGGAACCCAAUGAUUAUUCAUGCAUUUGUGAUGCAGGAAUGGUGUCCCUCGCCUACGUUCACGGAGCUACGUUAUGUAUUAUUUUCGGUUGUCAGCGGUUGUCAGUGCCACACAUAACGUAGCUCCGUGAACGUAGGCGAGGGAAACCAUUCCUGCCUAUCAGUGUACAGGUCCACUUUUCAAUAGAAAUGUAGGAAAAACCCCGUGUAGACGGCAAAAAAAUUGAAGGUUAACGCUGUGCCAACAAUGUUUCUCCUACCAACAAACGCAGAAAACCAGGAUUCUUGUGAAGUUAUUACUUGUCCAGUUGCGUCCAUGGAAACUUCUGAAAUAUCUACGGACAAGACUUUGGAUUGUUCAAUUAAAAACACUGACAAUUCUGUACAAAUUGAUGAAAUUGAUGAAAUAUUGCUAGAUAUUACUUCGGACUCUUCAAUUAAGAACAAUAAGAACAAUAGUAACACUGACACUUCUUUAGCAAUUGAAACAUUAAAACGGCAAUUGAGAGAAGCUGAAAAUAAACUGGAUAUUGCAAACAAAUUAAUUUGUAAAUCAGACAAAAUAAGAAGAAUUUAAUUACUCGUAACAGAAAGUUAGAGCAUUACAAAACAUGUCGAAAAAAAUAUAUCAAAAUCAAGAAAUA